UGGACUGAGUCUGGUCCUUGUUCUUGUCUCAGGGAGGAGAGGGAGCGCUGGAUCCGGGCCAAGUACGAGCAGCGUCUGUUCGUGGCGUCGCUGCCCGGCGCCGACCUCCCUCUGGGGCAGCAGCUCCUGAGGGCCACGGCCGAGGAGGACCUGCGCCUGGUGGUCCUGCUGCUGGCUCACGGGUCGAGGCAGCAGGUCAACGAGACCUGCGGGGACGGAGACGGACGCAACGCGCUGCACCUCGCCAGCCGCAAGGGCAAUGUGGUCGUCACGCAGCUCCUCAUCUGGUACGGCGUGGACCUGAUGGCGAGGGACGCCCACGGUAACAGUGCGAUGGCAUACGCCCGCCAGGCGAGCAGCCAGGAGUGCGUUGACACGUUGGCUCAGUACGGCUGCCCCGACGAGCGCUACCCGCUCAUGGCCACGCCCAACCUGCCGCGCCGCAACACCAACCGCAACAACAACGCCGCGCUCAUAUGAGUCCAAUCGGACAAAAACAGACUUGUAUUUUGAAGGGGGGGACCACUUCCUGCUGUGAGACUGACUACAAGGGAAAGAACCUCCCAAAAGCAUUGUGGGAAAUGUGGUUCCACAAUCGACUGUGACGAACCUCAUCUUUAAUUUAACUCGUGAAAAAAACACACUCUGAACCAAUCAUAUCGUCGGUUCUUCGUCAUCAUCAUCGUGGCUCCGCCUCUUUUUUUAAUUUCAUGAAUUCUGUGAACUCUUUAGAAGAUAUCUGGAUGUUUAAGAGGAGGAAAGAAGAAGCAGAGUGAUAGAUCGCAUGUCCUAUAGACUCUCUGCUUUCUUUAACUGAAGACGUUUUUCUUGGAUUAUGUAAAUUUAUCUCGAUGUUCAUCGCUGGACCAAUCGUUUCGUUUAUUUCUGGGUGUAUAAAGUCCAUCGAUGCGGCUCAGGGACAACCCGUCCUCUUUGUUUUCACUUUUUAACUUUAAGUCAAACUCCAGAUGACUGAAAACACAACGUCCAAAAAUGUCUUUUCUUUGUCGUUCUCAAUCUGCAGAUUAUUCUCCUAAAAUAUCCAACAUGGCCGCCACAGUUCACCAGAACCAGAAGACCAAAAAGCCCCAAAAACAACAAAGAUAUAUAUGAUAUGAAUCGAUGUAAAUAUUAAAGGCUGGAGGCAGUUGAGUUGAGACGCCUUCAGGGUUCUGGUUCUGGUUUAUUUAUUUAUUGUAAAGUGAAACGACAGAAAGAUUCUGUGAAUGAUGGAUUUAUCUGAUUCUGAGGGUUAAAAGGAAACAAAAAAGGGAAUUAUUCUUCUUCUUCAGGUGUUUUUCUGUCAAUUCAUUUCAGCUGAAACUCAUUUUCACUGUGUUUCCUCCAAUUACGUCCAAUCAGAUCGUCUCCCUGAUAUCGGCUCAGCGAAUCACAAAGAAGGGCUUCUUCUUCUCUGGUCUGUAAACUUGUUGUAAAUAAUCUCUUUCAGCGGCGACACUGUGGAACUUAGAGAACACAGGAAGUACUAAAACAGGAAGUGGUUUUAUUCUGACGGGGUUUUGUUUUUGGACUGAAUGUGUUUCGGCUCAUCGGAGGCCUCAACACCAGUAAACCAGUGGUUCCCAACACAAAGGGCUGUAAUCAAGACCACUUCAGUCCAGUCCGAGACCAGGUCUGAGCAGUCAAGACUGAGUCCAGAUGUGGACUCGUUUUGAGUCAAGACUGAGUCUAAAUUUAAACAAGCUUGAGGUCAAACGUAGUCAAGUUUUGGCCAUUGACCAGUGAAACCAGAACAUUGCUCAUUUAAAGAUCCUCUGGUCUAAAGAUCCUCUGGUCUAAAGAUCCUCUGGUCUAAAAAUCCUCUGGUCUGAAGAUCCUCUGGUCUGAAGAUCCUCUGGUCU